AUGUCCGCGGCCAGCGCAUUCGAGUGCUCCAGCGGCGGCGGCGGCAAGAACACCCAGCCCACGCGACAGGUGCUGGGCACCCUCUCGUUAAAUCAGGAGUUGCCCACGCAGUCGAUCACGCUGGACUGCUCGAAGGCUGUGCUGCGCCUGCCCGCCUACGUCGCAGCAAAGUUGGAAGCGGAGAAGAACGGGAAGAAGGCGCUGGCACCGCUGACCUUCGCGAUGAUUCAGCAGCGCAUUCGGGACUACUUUGUGCGCGACUUGGAUGACGCGACGGAACUGGCGGCGGCAGCGGAUGAUGCGCCGCAGCAGCAGCAGCGCUACGUGUUGACCUCCGCCACCGUCGAGAAGUAUCUUUUCCCGCUAUUUCAGCGCGCCGACGCGAAGGCGGUGCGCAUCCUCGGCGAAGUCUGGGGACGCUCUCGUGACCCGUCGCGUCGGCUGAGUGACCAAAUCGUGGCGGUGCUCACACGCCGUCAACACGCACUGCUGCAGGGGACAGAGCUUACUCUGCAGGAGCUGAAGGAGAGGGUGUUGCUGACGGCGCGACUGCAGGAGUCGCUGACGGCGAGAGAGCUGCGCCAGCUGGCGAUACAGCUGGGGCCGAACAACCGCAAGUGGGUGGAGGACUGGCUGGCAACGCGUCCAUUAGAGGAUGUAGUGGACUCCAUGCAGCUCUACCUGGCCCUCCGCGGUGUCGUGCAACAGCGCUUUGGCGCCUUCACGUUUGCCGGCGCCUACUACCCGACCGUGUUGGACGACUUAAUCGAGAUGGACGAACAGGCGCAUUGCACGGCCGUGUACACGCCGAAGCACGGCGUACAGUCCCAAGCGGUGCGCGCCCGCGCUUGCGAGGAGCUGUUCAUCUUCACCAUCUUCUGCGGUAUUCCCAUCUCGUUAGACGCGUACUUCCUCGCGGUGGCUCUGUUGGACCGCUUCCUCGCCGUGUACCCCGUGGAGAAGGAGGAGCUGCGGCUGUACAGCAUGGCAGCACUGCUGCUUGCCUCCAAGUGCGACCACUCGUGGCCGGUGCUGGACCCCAGCUUUGUGUCCACGAAGAUCAAACUGGCGCAGGACGACGUCAUGACGGCGGAGGAGACGUUGAUUCGCGUUCUCUGCUUCGACACCACCGCGGCGACCCUCCAUCACUUCUGCGAGGGACUCCUCCUGCAUCAGGACCCGCCCGCGUCGCCGGAGCAGCGACGGCAGCUCGAGUACUUGAUUGCCGCGCUGUCGCUCCACACCUACUUCGGUCAGUACCGGCAGUCCUACCUCGCCGCGGCGGCGCUGCACAGCAGCCGACACGCUGCCGGACUCCCGACUGGCGAGCCGAGUGACUCGGUGCGGGUUCUGCUGCCGGUGGUGCACGCGGCCCUGCAGAAGAACAACGUGGAGCGAAGUCCGGGGUACUUGCUGAAGCAGAUCUACGCGCGUCCGGAGUACCACUCGGUCAGUUUGACGCCUCCCGCGGCGCUGUUUCCUAGUCUGUCGUGCCGUAGUUCGCUGAACGCGAGUCAAUGA